GGGCUAAUACCAUAUCCUGCGACGGACGGGGAGAGCAUGGUAAUCGUUUUGUAAAUUUAAAUUAUCAAAUUUUUCGUUCUUUUCACAGUAUGCGCAGUGGAGGAAUUUCGCUUAUUAUUAUAUUAGUUUCUAAUACGGAUUUGUUUAUGUGGAUAUUUCCGACCUGAACUUAUCUUGUUUUAGUUUGAUUCAUUCUACGCAUUUGGUAUGCUCCUGUUUAAACAACUGUUGCAACCGGUGUCUAAAAGCAGACAGUCUCCUUAGUAAUACAGGGCUUACCUAAUGAUUUUCCGACUGUCAAUAAGGUACGAUACGCAAAAAUAAAUUACAAAACCAAAACUACGGACACACUUCUUAUCAACCUAUAGAAUUUUUAUUAUGUCCGCUGGAGUUUUUAUAGAUUAACCCUACCUAUAAAAUCAGUACACAAUCACGUCUAACUUGUUGCCAUAUCCGCAGUAAAUUUAUAAAGCCUAUCACUAUCUAUGUCUCUAAUUUGGGUAAAAAGAAAUUAUCCCUACAAUCACUAAUUACCCUAACACAAACUAACCUUAACCCACCCGCAGUGCAUACUCUUCUUAAGACGUUGAUUUGAAAAAGUCAUGGUAGUUUUUCCGGGUUGACCCCAUCAAUUGAUAGACCCACGUGUCACAGUAACUCGUUCAUUAAGUUUGCAACCCGACAUCAUUUAUUCUAUGUGCACAUUGUUUAGGAUGUAUAGCCGUGAAUGAGAAACUAGGUCUCCAUAUUUUAACAUUUUGUUUUCGGUGGACAGCUAAAUAGGGCAAAGAUAUCAUACGUAUAUGUAAGGCGAUAAUGAUACACGUAUUUGUAUUGUCACCGUUAUCCUAUUUCGGCCUAACAGUUUGACAUUUGGAGUGGUAGAGCCGAAUGAAUUGUAAAAUGUUGCAAACCAUGAAUUUAAAACCAAGGAAGGGAUAACAGCACUCGUUCAGAACGUUGAAGUUAUGCAAAGACUCUGCUUAUUUUUUUUAAAAAAAACUGACCAUGGAUAAUCUACGGCUACUAUUUGUUUUAGUUUUAUAUUUUGUGAACUCGUACCGGUGCGACAGUUUAACAGUAAGAACAAGCAAUGGAAAUAUCACUGGAUAUGUGGAAAAGAUUGGAUCAAAUAGUGUUACCGUUUUCUUGGGAAUUCCAUAUGCUCAACCUCCAAUCGGACAAUUAAGAUUCAACCCACCCCAGUCACUCAACCUGAAACCAAGUAAAAAUAUUCAUGCUAAAAAAUUUAAACCUUCAUGUCUGCAAGAUAUAUCUAAAAUUAUUAUACCGAAUGCGGCUUUCUUAGAAAGCAAUGCCAUUUCUGAAGACUGUCUAUAUUUGAAUAUCUAUGUUCCCUUGACGAACAAUCAGAAUGGUUUCAGACGCAAGGUAAUGGUCUGGAUACACGGUGGACAGUUUCAGUACGGUUCUGGAAAUACGUUUGAUGCGUUGCAUUUAGCCCAGCAGGGAGAUGUAAUAGUGGUGACGAUCAAUUAUCGCCUGGGUGUAUUUGGUUUCAUGGGCACGGAUUCAGGGACUUCCGGUAACUGGGGUCUUUUGGAUCAGCGAAUGGCUUUAUUGUGGGUGAAUCAGAAUAUUGGAUAUUUUGGUGGAGAUGUUUACGAUGUUACAAUAUUUGGUGAAGAAGCUGGUGGAUCAUCUGUUGGGCUACAUGUUAUCAGCCCAAUAUCUCAAACCUUGUUCACCAAAGCUGUUUCACAUGGAGGACUAAAUUUCAACGAUGUUGUGACGAAAAUCCCUCGAAAGUAUACGCAUAUUUUAAUGGCUGUCACUUCUUGUAUUGAAAGUGGUCCAACUAUGCUAGUUCGAAUAAACUGUCUUAGAAAUAUUGAUGCCGAAAUAUUGCUGAGAAUAUCUUUGAAUAAAGAUAUGUUUGGACCAUUCCUUCCAACUAUUGAUGGUUUGUUCUUACCUUCCCCUCCUUAUAAACUAUAUUCUUCCCAAAUUCAUAACAGAGUACCAUAUCUUGUGGGAAUCAAUACUGGUACGAGGUCUAUUACUACGACUACAGCAAGUGCGUUUUUGGGAGACAUCAUACGAACUUUGCCCCCAAGACAAACACUUUCAGAUAAGCAAUAUCAACUUUUUAGGGACACCAUUCUAGCGCUAGUUCUUUUUCACUAUCAAUCAGACCAAACAAUAUCAGACGGAAAUGCCAACAUUUUUCACAAGGCAAAAGAGGAUUUUGAAUUAAGUGAAAUUUUAAAUAUUUUAAAGAAACACGCCAUGUCAUCUUCAACGUUUCUUUAUUCUUUUAAUACGGGAGCGACUACUUGGAGUAACUCUACUGCCGGGCAUUUACCUUUAAUGUUGGAUAAUGAUAUCAACUAUCGGCCUUCAAGACACUCAGUAGUCCAUCAACUUAUAAUGAGCGCCUGGAUUUCGUUUUCAAAAACAGGAUAUCCUAUGUAUGAUAAUGGAAACAUCACAUGGCAACCGUUUAACAAAUCACAGACUUACCUGGUAAUUUCACCAAAUUCAUCGCUGAAGGUUCAGAGUAUAAAAAACCUACUACCAAACAGGGAAGCUAUUUUAUGGGCUAAAGUUGUUCCAGGAGUAUUAAGUUUAGUUGGGACAAAUACUGUGUCCGAAGACAUAGCCUUGGUGGAUGAGCAUGACUCUAUUGAUAAUAGGAUAAUUCAACCCCAGAAUGAUUUUGAAAAGACAUGGGGAAUGACCCAAGGUCAGCUGGAAGCUCUGUUAAUAAGUGUGGUAUUAGCUCUACUGUUCUUAUCUGUAAUAUGUAUCGGAUUGGUGAGGAUGAUAAUACAGCCACCUAUAUUCAAGUCAAGUACAACAGGUCACCACCAAUUUGGCCAUUCUAACAGACAACAAAAUUACGACAAUGAAGUGUUUAACCUACAUCAUAAUUCUAAUGGACAAUCAGUGACAUCUAUAGAACUUAGUGAAAAUAAGAGAAACUAUUUUACUUCUAUGUAGAUUUAUGAAUAAUUGCCAGAAUUUCUGUAAAAAUAAUAUGUAAAUCUAUGAAAGGUGUAAGUAAAUUCCAUGUAACUUUCCAUUCCACCGAAAAAUGCAUAAGAAAUCUGAAAACCCCUCAAUACCGUAAAACCACUUAAUAACGAAUAAACAACACUUAUUGCCGAAAAAAAUGAAAAAUUAGGGACCUAGAGCAGGAGCCGAGGGCGGGGGGGGGGGUCAGCCUAUCUGGAAAGUUUACCAAUUUUCACCUAUAUGGUAUCAUUGCAUGUAUAUCUGGUAUCAUCAGAAGAAUGUAAGUCUGCCGGGUAUCUGGUGGUGGGUGUGGCUGUGAAGGCUGUGAUUCUGGUUAUGAAUUCUUAAGCUAGAUUAGCUCAAACGUGUAUCACAUGAAAAUGGUACAGCAGUGUACCUUACUUUUUUAGUGGUGGGAAACCCCUGACAGAGCUCUGUAAUUGCUAGGCUAGACUAGAAGUUGUUCAGCACCACCACAGGGAUCAUGAAUUACCACUGCCGCCCCCGCAACUAGGCUAGAUUAGCAGAAGCCUGUACCACCUGAAACUGCUUGGGACAGUGAACGACUACUACAAGACAGUUUGUGCGGUGGUGUACCUAUGACAGACACGCCCAAAAUGCCACGCCCCGCAACUAGGCUAGAUUAACUGAAGUGUGAACCACCUUAGACAUCUUGGAAAUUGUUUACAGCACCAAGAGAUAACACUACCCAUUGCUAGGGAGUGUGUGUGGUGGGGUUCACCCAACAGACACAACACCCAAGCCCCCCCCCCCCUGCAAAAUUAGAAUUGGAUUUAUCAACUGGUUCAGACGUAUUACAUAUUUUCAAGAAUAUGUAAUAUCUAUUAAAGAUUAAGUAAUCGUAUGAAGAAGAAUAAGUAGUGGUUCAACUCAGUGACCACAGACAUACGGCUCAUCGGUGUUUAUUAUAUGCAGCAACAUCGAUUAGGAGAAUGCCCGGUUGCCAAACCCUAUUUUAAGCUUUGACAUGGAAAUAUAGUCCAGAUUCUGAAUCUACACAUAGUGAAGUUAUAUAAUCCAUCAAAAAACAUUAGGUAGACUAUAUUCUUGAUUCCUGUGAUGGUGCUGAACACCUUCCAAGCAGUUUUAGCUGGUACCGACUGCAGCUAAUCUAGAUUGGUUGCGGGGCGUGGAAUUUUGGACUGUCUAUCAAGGGUGCCCCAACGCACAAACUGUCUGGCAGUGGUAAUUCAUGAUCCAUGUGGUGUUGCAGAACAACGUCCAAGCAAUUGUCAGGUGUAACCCACCACACAAACUCUGUCUGGCAGUGGUUAUUCUUGAUUUACGUGGUGGUGCUGAACAACUUCCAAGCAGUUUUAGGUGCAAUCUGAUUAAAAUACAGAUAUAUUUUUCGUUUCGUUUUGUUUUUUUAUAUAUUAGGAAGAUCUGAUCAGUUGUAGAGGUCAUACGAGCGACUUUUGACCUUAUGACGUUAGGCAUUUGAUUAACCAAUCAGCGUUCAUGUUUCUAGUGGGUUACCCACAGUUCCAUGCAACACACGCCAAAAAACUCGCCGUAACAGGCCGUUUCAUUGGCUUAUCCCUCACAUCAAUAGGAACGCGGGUUAUAGAACAACUCUUCCAGGCCCUAAUGUAGUAACGACAAGGAAAACGAAAUUUUGAACUAUAAAAACGAAACGAAAUAUGAUCUGUGUUUUAAUCAGAUUGUUUUAGGUGAUACAGAUUUCAGCUAAUCUAAUCCAGUUGGGCACGUGAUAUUUUGGGCGUGUCUGUCAAGGGUAACCCACCACACAAUGUCUGGCAGUGGUCAUACUUGAUUCAUGUCAUGUCGUGAUGCUGAACAGCUUCCAAACAGUUUUAAGUGGUACAGAUUUCAGCUAAUCUAGCCUAGUUGGGG